AUGUCGGAGCUGCUGCCGGGUCUCAAUUUCUCCAGCGGCUCAGCCGCGCUGGGCAACGGCUGCGCGGCGGGCGAAGAGCGGCACUUUCAGCACCACGGACAGUUCUCCGCGCCCGUCUCCGUUGUCUUAGCCGCGCUCAUGGGGCUCGUGGUUCUCAUCACGGUCUUGGGCAACGCGUUGGUCAUCUUGGCUUUCGUGGUGGACAACAGCCUGAGGACUCAAGGGAAUUUCUUCUUCCUCAACUUGGCCAUUGCUGAUCUUUUAGUAGGUGGCUUUUGCAUCCCUCUGUACAUCCCUUACAUUCUGACAGGUGAAUGGAAGUUUGGGAAAGACUUGUGCAAGCUCUGGCUGGUGGUGGAUUACCUGGUGUGCACCGCCUCUGUCUUCAACAUUGUUUUGAUUAGCUUCGACAGAUUCAUCUCUGUUACUAAGGCGGUGAGUUACAGAGCUCAGAAGGGAAUGACCAGGAACACAGUGGUGAAAAUGAUCAUGGUGUGGAUCACAGCUUUUCUCCUUUACGGUCCAGCAAUCAUCAGCUGGGAGUACAUUGCCCAGCAAAGCAUCCUACCGGAGAAGGAGUGUUAUGCCGAGUUCUUCUACAAUUGGUACUUCCUCAUGAUCGCUUCCACAAUAGAGUUCUUCACCCCUUUCAUCAGCGUCACCUACUUCAACUUAAGCAUUUAUUUCAAUAUUAGGAAGAGGACACCUGUAAGGACCAAGAUGCUGGCACCCAGCCGCAGGGAUGGAGAAACCCGCUCCCAAAGGAAGAAACGUGAACAUGCCAUCUUUUUUAUGAAUGUGAACCGGAAGAGAAAUGAGAGGGCCAGCAACCUCUCACCUACUAAGCCUGCAGUUUCAAGGCUCACCCUUUGCAACCUUCAGAGCCAGCCAGCAGAUUUCAACAUCAAUCAAGACCUUCCACCUUUACAAGUGGAUCUUCACACAAAGUCCCCGUGGAAUGGUUUCUACAAAGCUCUGGAGAGCUGCUCCGUCACCAUGAGGAGAGCAGAGGUUGCCAAUACCAUGGCUAGCCGAUUUCGGCUUUCCCGGGAUAAAAAAGUGGCCAAAUCUUUGGCCAUCAUUGUUUGCAUCUUUGCUUUGUGUUGGGCUCCUUACACACUCCUGAUGAUCAUCAGAGCAGCUUGCCAUGGACAGUGCAUACACCAUGCUCUCUAUGAAGCAUCAUUUUGGCUCCUGUGGCUGAAUUCAGCCAUCAACCCCAUUUUAUAUCCUUUGUGCCAUAUGAGUUUCAGAAAAGCAUUUUUUAAACUGUUGUGCCCAGGUAAAGCAAAGAUUCACCCUAAUAUGUUUAUGUGAGAACAUUUAAGAUAACAUUUUAAGACAGGUAUGUUUUGCAUCUAAAAAAUGAAACACUGACCACACACUUAUCUGAACUAAAGGCUAAUCCAAGUUAGAAAGAUGGCUUUGCAACGCUUUGCCCCGUUACCUGUUGUUUUUUCUGCUGCAGAAAUGUACAAAAUUCAGCACUGUUUGGGGAAAAGAGAAUACUUUGCAAUGAAUACCCUGCAAUGCUAAUGAAUACUAUGAGAACUGACUAGUCCAUAUUCAUUAUCAAAGCACAGGGAUAUUUUUAGGAAGCCUCAACUUGAAAGCAAACCUUGGAUGUCUUAAAACUGGAACCUUAAUUCUUCAGAAAUAGCAGUCAAUAUAAUUCUGUUUGCAAUGCUACAGCACACUGCCUAUUUGACUCUGCGUGUUUGUGUGCUUAACUGCAGUCCUCCUCCUCCUCCAAGGUUUCUUUAAAGUAGCGGUGAGGAAUUGCUGUACAGAUGCGGCCCAUGGGGCUCCCCAUUUGACCCAUUUCCUCCCCUCCUUGCCUCUUUCAUUGGAGGCAACAGAAGGCUAUUUUCAAGCCUAAUUGCUGCAUCAGGGGAACAUUGGGGCGGGGCUGCAGAUGAAGAAGAUUAACCACAAGCAAUUUAGAUAUGGGGCAGCAAACUUUCACACCAGCUUGAACUUGCAUGUUUUUAGCUGCAGGUUCUAGCACAGAUGAAUUCAGGAAGGCUUCUGAUAUUCGGUGUAUCUUU